AUUGUAGAAUGGGCCUUUGGCAAGCGAAUGACGCCGGCGGAGAAGAUGCGCAAACACCAGCGCUCGCUAGAGAAAGCCCAGCGUGAACUCGAUCGCGAACGUACCAAGUUGGAGAACCAGGAGAAAAAGCUUGUACAGGACAUCAAGAAGAACGCGAAGAAUGGCCAGAUGGGCGCAGUCAAGAUUCAGGCAAAGGACCUUGUCAGGACGAGACGAUACAUUCAGAAGUUCUACCAGAUGCGUACCCAGCUGCAGGCCAUCUCGUUGCGUAUCCAGACUGUGCGCAGCAACGAACAGAUGAUGCAAUCCAUGAAGGGUGCCACCAAACUUCUCGGUGGCAUGAAUAGACAGAUGAACCUUCCAGCCCUUCAACGUAUCGCCAUGGAAUUCGAACGCGAGAACGACAUUAUGGAUCAACGACAGGAGAUGAUGGACGACGCCAUUGACGACGUAACGGGCUUGGAGGAUGAAGAGGAAGGCGAAGAAGUCGUCAACCAGGUCUUGGAUGAGAUCGGUAUUGACCUCGGUCAAGCUACACCUACAGGCUUGCAGAGCACUGCCGUCGAACAUGGCAAAGUAGCUCAGGCCAUCGGUGGAGAUCCUGGUGAUGAUGAUCUUCAAGCCAGGUUGGACAGUUUACGACGAUAA